GCAGGCGGGCGGGCGAGCGGGACGUGGCGCCGCCUCGGGGCCCGCUUCCGUCUUGCGGGGAAACUGCAUCUCCCGGGAUGCCUCGUCCUUGCUUGCGUCACUUCUGUCUUGUUGGAAGCUGCGGGAGCUGCUCGGAGACUCUGGCCGGCGGGUGUGGGCUAGGGAGCGUCGGCCGGCGGCUCGGGGUGUCGGGGGGCCCAGCCCGACUGCCCUUCCUCGAGGGCCAGGGGCUUUGAGCGGUGGGACUGGGCGACGCUAGGGGCGUCUCAGAUGGAGCUGACACUGGACCCGGGUCACCAGGACCUGCUGGACUUCCUUCUAGAGGAGAGCGGAGGUCUGGGGGCGCCGGCUGACCCGUCGGAGGAGGCUCCCCUGGACUGGGACCUUCAUCUUUCGGAUGUAGAGAGCAAUUGGGAGGUGGAGGAUUUCCUGAGCUCCUUGCUGAGUUCCACGCCCUCGGACUUUCCCUGCGACUCUAACCCUUGUUCUGUGGACCAUGACCACACCUACUCUCUUCCCCGGGAACACAUCUCUAUAGAUCUAGAUUGCGGGAGUGAUGGGCAAGAGGGACCCUGGAUAACGCCACUGCAUGUGGAAUCUGCAGAGGAGGUACUUUGCUGGGACGAUUAUUUCCACUUUGCAGUAGUACUUGGGAGGUGGCCAACGUUCCUUCCUGGCCGCUGGUUGACUGUCCCUUGCUGCCCCACUCAGCUUCCCACUUCUCCAGAAUCUCCAGAGAUGGCUAGGCUGAUACUGACUGAGGAGGAGAAGCUGCUAUUGGAGAAGGAAGGACUUACUCUGCCUGGGACGCUUCCCCUUACCAAGAAGGAGGAACAUCUCCUGAAGCGAGUGCGGAGGAAGAUUAGAAACAAAAAAUCUGCUCAAGAGAGCCGCAGGAAACGGAAGGUGUAUGUGGGUGGUUUGGAGAGCAGGGUAUUGAAAUACACGGCCCAGAAUCUGGAACUUCAGAACAAAGUCCAGCUCCUGGAGGAGCAGAAUCUGUCUCUUCUGGAUCAAUUGAGGAAACUGCAGGCCAUGGUGAUUCAGGUGGCGAACAAGUCAAGCAGCAGUAGCACCUGUGUCAUGGUCCUGCUGUUCUCCUUCUGUCUACUCUUCGUACCUGCCAUGUACUCCUCUGACACCAGGGGGCACUUGCCAGUGGAGCCCAGAGUGUUGUCCCGCAGGCUUCGUGCACUGCCUAGUGAGGAUGCUCGCCAGCCAGCACUGCCUGGCCUACAGGCAUCAAAGGACAAUUUGGACACUGUAUUUCCUGCUGCUAUCAACUCCUGCUGCCUCUUGUACCACUUGCUUCAGGCUCCUGGAGGCGAGCUUUCUCCAAAGUUGCCACUCCUGCACCCUUUCUCAAAGUCCCCCUGCCUGGGAUGUAUCCUGCCCUUGCAUGCAAAUCUCACAAAGAGGAGACGAUGGCUCCCUCCCCACAGCCCCAUACCUGUCAUCUUGCAGGACAAAUUGUCAGGCUAGACAUGAGCACAGUGAGGUCUUCAGCAAAAGCUGAUGGCCCCCCGUCCAUGACCAGAUGAAAAGGAAGUGGGUAGCUUUCACUCCUGGCCCUGUCAGAAACUUGUGAGCACAAACACACCAUACUUAACUUGUUUUCUGGGUUUUUUAUUUAUGUCCAUAUGUCUCUCACCCUGGUGCAUGACCCUAGGGAAAUCAACUGUCCUCCUUGAAUAUUUCAUGCGAUGGGGAAGAGGUGAGGGUGGGGUGAAUAAAUAAGUGAAUCUGA